AUAUUAAAAAUUUCGAUGACAUUUCAACAAAAGAAAAACGCCAUCGAUCGAACGAGAUGGAGAAAAGGAGUCGUUCGUUCGGUGGCAAGAUUACACACGCAUUAUUAUUUCUUUGCUAAAAAUUAUGCAUAAAUAUAGCACGAUGCUUGAUGAAACAAGUUGGACGAAGUGUAUGAAAUACAAAGUUUCUUCGCUUAUAAGGAAUUUAGAUUGGAUUUUGAGGAAAAAUGAGAAAAUUUUCGAUUAACUUGAAAAAUUAAAAAAUUAUUUAUUAAUUAAUAAGGAAAUAUUUUCAGGUUGCGAUAUGUUCUUGAUAAAUUGAUUUGUUUAAUAAUCUUCGAGUUUAAGAUUUUGGGUUUAAGAUUUUUUUUUUUUUUAAGUGAAAUCAUAUCUCGAACGAAUUAAGAUAUAGUUAGAUGAUAUAUUUCGUGUUGUAUAAAUCACUGAGUAGUUUUUAUCGCGAAAAACGAAGGAAAGAAAAUGAUGGAAAAAAUGAAAUGAAUUCUGGAUAACUGAUUGAAUAUUCCAACAUGACUUUUUGGCCCGUUUUCAAGAUCACAUCCGCGAAAUCGUUUCUCCUUAUAAAGAAAUUAUUUCCUCGUGAACAAUUUUUACAUGAGGAUAUCGUAACAUUAUUCCAAGCUAAAAAUAAUCCGAUAUCCAAUAAAAGAAAGAGAUUGACUCAUUCGAUAUUUUUAGCCAACUUUAUAUUUUAUAUUUAUAUUUGUAUUACCGAAUAAAAAAUUUAACAAAAAUUGGAUAAUUAAAAAUCGAACAUUUACAUUUAACGAGAUUUUAUUUUUUUUCUUUUUUGUAAAUAAAAUAACAUCGAAGACCUUAAAUUCAAAAUUUCAAUACAUUUAGAUAAAUAAAACAGAAUAUAACGAAUUUUAGAUUUUUAAACAGAUUAAAGAAUAACUUGGCUAAAGAGAUGUAAAAUUUCGAUAAAAUUUCAGAAUUCAACUUCAAGAUAUUUUGUUUAUAAUUUUUUUAAAAACAAUUUAAUUAACACAUCGAUAAAUGUAAAUAUAACAACGUAUACAACACAAUUAUUACCAAAAUCCAUCGAAUCGAUUCAAAAAAAGAUAAAAAGAAAAAAAAACCGAUUGUAGGAAUAUAACCACCGUCGUUUCAAUACACUCGUUAAUGAAACAAAACUCGAUGCAUUAUUAAAGGUGGGAUAAAUCCAAGGAAAUCCGUCUCGGAGACGAGAUUCGAAUAAUGAAACGCGAGAAGGGAAUCCAACUUGUUUUUCGUCAAGUACUGUACGUCUGGUUUAUAGAGCUCGCAGCCGCCUGGAAACGCUUCUAUAGAUCGUAUGCCGUAUCCGCAAUGCUUGGAGCUGAGAUUCUUUGUACAUAACCCUUUUUUUUUCUCUCUUUUUUUUUCAACUCCUCCUCCUCCUUUUUUUUUUUUUUAUAUUCAUUAAAUUGCGCGCCUCGGCAGCAGCAGCAGCAGCAUAAGCGAACGUGCAAAGCGAAUCGCACAUGAUCGCAAAUGGCGUGGCCGCUCUCCUGGGAUCGUAUUGAUUUAUCGUCGGUGCGUCGCAAUACAGUGUUCAGGCGAGGCGAUGCUCUCUCUCUCUUCCAUCGAAGAACAUCGAUCGCGUGGAAAUUUCAUCCGCGAGAAAACUUUUCUCAAUUCUUCGCUAGAGGAAGGUGGAUUAUCGCUUAAGGGAAUGGAGAUUCGAAAUUGCUUGAAAGAGACUCGUGAUUAUUAGUGGAUAGAUUUUGACGGAUUGAUCGAAAUUUUCGAUGAUUGAACAUUUUUGCGAGAUGAAUUUGACGGUUAUUCACGGUCGAAAGUUUCUUCUAACGGUUUUUCAUUUUAUUUUUUUGAAGGAAGGAUGAUCGAAGCUUGUGAAUAUUUUUUGUUUACAAAUUUUGGAAAAAUAAAAACAAUAGAAUAAAAGAAAAAUAAAAGAAAUUUGGAAUAGAUAGUAAAAUUUAUCUUUUAUUUUUUUUUUUUUUGGUUAAAAGUUGAAUAAUUGCUGCUAAUUAGAACAAAAUAGAAUAAAAGGUCUAUAAUUCUUCGAGACAAAUUAAAAUUAAUAUUUACAUUACGUUUUGUGAAUCAAUUUAUUCAAUAAAAUUUUUCGUAGUAGGUUUUUUCUUUUUUUUUUUUUCGUUUUCAAAAAGAUAAAUGUACUUUUUCAAAAAGAUUAAUGGAUAUUCCAUUCUUUUUAUAAAUUGAAAUAAAUUCGAAUGAUUAAUUUUAUUUUUUAAUAAAAUCGCCGAAUGACAAUAUAUUUUCAUAUUCGUAUAUUUCUUCGACUUUGGAUCAAUUAAAGCUUUUUAACGACAACGGCUUCGAGAUAAAUGAAUCUCAUGAUUAUUUAUCGAUUCUUUCCACUUUGUUUCUUCUUCGAAAGGAAAUAUGUUUAUCCUUUUGCAAUAAGAAAUCGAACAAAUGUUACGACAAGGAUUAAACUAAUUUCGUGAGAACACAAUGUUUCGAUAUUAAAGAAAGCAAAGUCUCUAUCUCUCUAUCUAUAAUUGAAAAUGUUUAAAAAUAAAUCUCAUGAUUAUUCAUCGAAACAAACUUUCCUUUUCGAAGAGGAUGACAUGCAUGAAUAUUUUCUUCUAUUAAUUAAUACGAAAAAUCGACAUCUUUCGUAGCCAUAACUCGAGAUAAAUAUGUCAGACUAAUUUUUAAUUGUAAAUAAAUUACGUGGAAUCAUGGGCUUUCUCCAGAUGCAACGUCUAUUCAACUUUUCAAGCGAUAAAAAAAAAAAAGAAAGGAAGAAAAGCCGAGGAACGUGUCUUGCUUGCUUGUUCUACUCUCUGCCCGUGAAAUUCAACCUGAAUAUUCAUCGGCAGAGAUACUUCUCGCUUGUAAUAAAGUAGAUCUUAAUGUAUAGUUCAUUAUUAGGAGUAGGCUCAUGUAUGUGCAUCUAUAAUACCUUCGCAGGAUGAUUAUUAUCUAUUGGAAUUUUACGAAAUGCUUUCUAGAUAAUCCAGAUAGGCUAGGUCACGAUCCAAUUAAUUUCGAAACAUUUUUCUUGUUAUAAAAAAUUAGAGACAAUAACUUGAGAAUGUAUCAAAAGAUUUUUCAUUGACUUUUAAAAAAUUGGAAAAGAUCUUGAAUUAUAGAGAGUCUUCCUGAGAUAUCGUUAAUCAUCUGUUGUCAUCUUUCUAUUUUUUACAUUCCAAUUUAAAAAGAAAAAAAAAAGAAAGAAAAAAGGAAAAAAGAAAUUCGCAUUUUCCUCGAAAUCCUUAAGAAAAUCCAAAUGACAAUAGGGUUAAGUGGCAGGGCGAAUAAAAUGGAAAAAAGAGGAAAGAGUAAAGAAAAGCAGGUGGGCAUACAUCGAAUUUCUAAUAAUCACUCGGCAGAAAAUUCCGCGGAGAGGGAGCGGAAACGAGCAGAUCACAUGGACCUUAUCCAGGUUCGAUAUGACGACGAGGACGAGGACGAGGGUCCUCAGCCGGAUCCGAUGCUCGAACAAGGAGCACCGAUCCCGGUCCGACUGCACAACGAAUUUCCACCCGAGUUGGCCUCCACACCUCUCGAGGAUAUCGAUAGCUUCUAUCAUAAUCAAAGGACCUUCGUCGUCAUCAGCAAGGGGAAGGACAUAUUCAGGUUCUCAGCGACAGAUGCGAUGUGGAUCCUCGACCCGUUCAAUCCGAUACGACGAGUGGCCAUUUAUAUAUUGGUUCACCCACUGUUCUCCCUCUUCAUUAUCACUACAAUAUUGGUUAACUGCAUACUCAUGAUCAUGCCCACUACGCCCACCAUCGAGUCUACGGAAGUGAUAUUUACGGGCAUCUACACAUUUGAGUCCGCCGUUAAGGUGAUGGCGAGGGGUUUCAUUCUGCAGCCUUUUACCUAUCUUAGAGAUGCAUGGAAUUGGCUCGACUUCGUAGUUAUAGCUUUAGCUUAUGUGACGAUGGGCAUAGAUCUAGGCAACCUUGCCGCUCUCAGGACAUUUCGAGUCCUCCGAGCCUUGAAGACUGUCGCUAUUGUACCAGGUCUGAAAACCAUUGUCGGCGCUGUGAUAGAAUCCGUGAAGAACCUGCGCGAUGUGAUAAUCUUGACGAUGUUCUCUCUUUCCGUCUUUGCGCUGAUGGGCCUCCAGAUUUACAUGGGGGUGCUCACGCAAAAGUGUAUAAAGAACUUUCCCGAGGACGGCUCCUGGGGCAAUCUGACCGAUGAAAACUGGGAGCGAUUCGUUAGUAAUGAAACUAAUUGGUACGUGGACGAGGCGAAAAACAUGCCUUUGUGUGGAAAUUCAUCUGGAGCAGGGCAGUGCCUUCCUGGUUACACGUGUUUACAAGGAUACGGUGAAAAUCCGAAUUACGGUUACACGAGUUUCGACACCUUCGGCUGGGCUUUGUUAUCCGCCUUUCGUCUGAUGACGCAAGAUUAUUGGGAAAAUCUGUACCAGUUGGUGCUUAGAUCGGCCGGUCCAUGGCAUAUGUUGUUCUUCAUCGUGAUCAUUUUUCUUGGCUCCUUUUAUCUCGUCAACUUGAUUCUUGCCAUUGUCGCGAUGUCUUACGAUGAAUUGCAGAAGAAAGCUGAGGAAGAGGAGGCAGCCGAGGAGGAAGCUAUAAGAGAAGCCGAGGAAGCGGCCCUGGCGAAGGAGAACAAAUUAGCGGCACAAGCGGCAGCCCGAGAGGCGGCAGCACAUGCGGCGGUGACCGCCGCUGACCAGAUAGUCAAAUCUCCAUCAGACUUCUCGUGUCACAGCUACGAAUUGUUCGUUGGUCAAGAGAAAGGGAACGACGAUAACAACAAGGAGAGGAUGAGCAUACGUUCGAUCGAAUCGGUCAGCGAGCACAGAGUGAAACAGAUCAACAAUCACACGACCACCACUAAAGUGCGAAAAGUCAGCGCCGUCUCUCGCGUCGCUAAUGGCCAGUUUACUUAUGCCUACCAGGAAAGUCUGCGGAAGGCGAGCCUUAGUCUGCCUGGCUCACCGUUCAAUCUUCGCCGGAGCAGCCGCGGUAGCCAUCAGUUCACGAUCAGAAACGGCAGGGGACGUUUCGUCGGGCCGCCCGGCGGUGACCGGAAGCCGUUGGUACUGUCCACGUUCCUCGACGCCCAGGAACACCUGCCGUACGCGGAUGACUCGAACGCGGUCACGCCCAUGUCCGAGGAGAACGGCACGAUCGUUGUGCCCGUCUACUACGCGAAUCUUGGCUCCAGGCAUUCUUCGUACACGUCGCACGCUUCACGGUUGUCGUACACGUCCCACGGUGAUCUGAUCGGCGGCAUAGCGAACGCGGGGAAACCGAUGACCAAGGAGAGCCAGCUGAGGAUCAGAUCUGUCAGGCCGCCGUCUGUCAAUGGGCAUAUCACGGAUAAUAAUCAGAAGUACCAUUACGAGGGUGAUCUAGAAGAUCCCAUGGGCAAGGCGAAGCAACAAGACAAUCCGUUCAUAGAGCCUUCUCAACAACAUGCCGUGGUUGAUAUGAAAGACGUGAUGGUGUUGAACGAUAUCAUAGAACAGGCAGCGGGACGGCAGAGCAGAACUCCGGAGCAAGGAGUUUCUUCGACCUAUUACUUUCCGACAGACGACGAUGAAGAAGGGCCGACAUUUAAGGACAAAUUAUUGACCGCGGUGCUACGUUGCAUCGAUAUCUUCUGCGUGUGGGACUGUUGCUGGUUGUGGCUUGAGUUUCAAAAAUACGUGGCUCUUUUGGUGUUCGAUCCAUUCGUAGAGUUGUUCAUCACCCUUUGUAUCGUCGUCAACACACUAUUCAUGGCACUUGAUCAUCAUGAUAUGGACAAGGAUAUGGAAAGGGUGCUCAAGACAGGAAAUUAUUUCUUCACGGCAACAUUCGGUAUCGAGGCAACGUUGAAGCUGAUAGCAAUGAGUCCGAAAUUUUACUUUCAAGAGGGAUGGAAUAUUUUCGACUUCAUUAUCGUCGCUCUUUCUCUUCUGGAGUUAGGAUUAGAGGGUGUACAAGGUCUUUCCGUGUUACGAUCGUUCAGAUUGUUAAGAGUGUUCAAAUUGGCAAAGUCGUGGCCUACGUUGAAUCUGUUAAUUUCCAUCAUGGGUAGAACGGUAGGCGCCCUGGGUAAUCUGACGUUCGUGUUGUGCAUCAUUAUCUUCAUUUUCGCCGUGAUGGGUAUGCAAUUGUUCGGCAAGAACUACACUGACAACGUGGAUCGAUUUCCGGAUGGUGAUCUACCAAGAUGGAACUUCACCGAUUUUAUGCAUUCGUUCAUGAUCGUCUUUCGUGUGCUCUGCGGAGAAUGGAUCGAGUCUAUGUGGGACUGUAUGCUUGUGGGCGACGUUUCUUGCAUACCGUUCUUUCUGGCCACUGUCGUCAUCGGUAAUCUGGUUGUGCUGAAUCUCUUCUUGGCUUUGUUGCUGAGCAACUUCGGCUCGUCGAAUCUAUCGGCGCCGACCGCAGACAACGAUACGAACAAGAUCGCGGAAGCGAUCGAUCGAAUAGCACGAUUCGUUAAGUGGAUCAAGCGAAAUGUCCUUUAUCUUGCUAAAAUGAUGCGAGCCAAACUCACCAAUCAGAUAUCCGAUCAGGCGCCAGGUGAGGGACCGUCCAACAGUUGGAAAGAAGAUGGAAUUGAUCGCGAUGGGGACCUAGAUCUUGCAGAUGGCGAACUUGAUGCGUAUAGAGACAAGAAGAGUGCCAAGGAGCUGAACCAAUUAGAAGUUGCUAUUGGGGAUGGAAUGGAAUUUACGAUUCAUGGAGACCUAAAGAAUAAAUUGAAGAAGGGUAAAUUGUGCAUGAACAACAGCAAAGUUAUAGCAAAUUCGAUAAAUCAUCGUGACUACAGGCUGGAUAAUGAUUAUAUUAAUCAAAAUGAGGAUGAUACCAUCAGUAAUAAAUCAUAUGGCAGCCAUAAAAAUAGGGCGUUCAAGGACGAAAGUCAUAAGGGGAGCAUGGAUUCAUUGGAUGGAGAAGAAAAGAAGGAUGCGAGCAAAGAAGAUUUAGAACAAGAAGAAGAUCUUGGCGAAGAAGGAGAGGAAGGAGAAGGUGUAGGCGAUGCGAUUAUCCAAGCAGAAGAAGAUCCCAUCGAAUCCGAUUAUCCAGCUGAUUGUUGUCCAGAAAAUUGUUACAAGAAGUUCCCAUUCUUGGCUGGCGACGACGACGCACCGUUUUGGCAGGGUUGGGCGAAUUUGAGACUGAAGACCUUCCAACUAAUUGAGAACAAGUAUUUUGAGACUGCCGUCAUUUUGAUGAUCCUUUUGAGUAGUAUGGCUCUCGCCUUGGAAGAUGUGCAUCUUCAACAACGACCCAUUCUGCAAGAUAUCUUGUACUACAUGGACCGAAUAUUUACUGUGAUUUUUUUCAUCGAAAUGUUAAUCAAAUGGUUGGCUCUUGGCUUCAAAAAAUACUUCACGAACGCUUGGUGCUGGCUUGAUUUUAUCAUUGUCAUGGUGUCACUCAUUAACUUCGUAGCGUCGCUCUGUGGCGCUGGCGGGAUCCAAGCCUUCAAAACAAUGAGGACCCUAAGGGCCCUAAGGCCACUCAGGGCGAUGUCUAGAAUGCAGGGAAUGCGGGUAGUCGUCAACGCUUUGGUUCAAGCCAUUCCAUCCAUUUUCAACGUGUUACUGGUGUGUCUUAUCUUCUGGUUGAUCUUCGCCAUUAUGGGUGUACAGCUUUUUGCCGGCAAAUAUUUUAAGUGUGUAGAUGCGAAUAAAACAACACUCAGCCAUGAAAUCAUUCCUGAUCGAAACGCCUGCUUGGCUGAGAAUUAUACUUGGGAAAAUUCUCCAAUGAAUUUUGAUCAUGUAGGAAAAGCUUAUUUAUGCUUGUUUCAAGUGGCUACGUUCAAAGGAUGGAUUCAGAUCAUGAACGAUGCCAUUGACUCUAGGGAGCUCAACAAACAACCAAUUCGUGAAACGAACAUCUACAUGUAUUUCUAUUUUGUAUUCUUCAUUAUAUUCGGAUCGUUUUUUACCCUUAAUCUAUUCAUUGGUGUGAUCAUCGAUAACUUUAACGAACAAAAGAAAAAGGCAGGAGGUUCCCUCGAGAUGUUCAUGACAGAAGAUCAGAAGAAAUAUUACAACGCUAUGAAAAAGAUGGGUAGCAAGAAACCACUUAAAGCCAUUCCACGUCCAAGGUGGAGACCGCAAGCAAUAGUGUUUGAAAUAGUGACAGACAAAAAGUUCGAUAUGAUAAUUAUGUUGUUCAUCGGAUUGAACAUGCUUACAAUGACGUUGGACCAUUAUCAACAAACUCAGACUUUCAGCGAUGUUCUGGACUAUCUAAACAUGAUAUUCAUUGUGAUAUUCACCAGCGAGUGUCUCAUGAAGAUCUUUGCUCUACGUUACCACUAUUUCAAGGAGCCAUGGAAUCUCUUUGAUUUUGUUGUUGUUAUAUUGUCAAUAUUAGGUCUGGUUCUCAGCGAUAUUAUUGAGAAGUAUUUCGUAUCGCCAACAUUGCUUCGUGUAGUAAGGGUGGCAAAAGUCGGUCGUGUGCUUCGACUCGUGAAAGGUGCCAAGGGUAUUCGAACUCUUCUUUUUGCCUUGGCGAUGUCGUUACCAGCUCUCUUCAAUAUUUGCCUAUUACUGUUUUUGGUGAUGUUUAUCUUUGCGAUUUUUGGAAUGUCGUUCUUCAUGCACGUGAAAGAUAAGAGCGGACUGGAUGAUGUGUACAAUUUUAAAACGUUCGGACAGUCGAUGAUAUUGCUAUUCCAGAUGUCAACGUCCGCUGGUUGGGACGGUGUUCUUGACGGUAUAAUAAACGAAGAGGACUGCCAGGAACCAAACAACGAGAUAGGAUAUCCGGGCAAUUGUGGUUCGUCUACGAUCGGCAUUGCCUACCUUCUCUCGUAUUUGGUGAUCAGCUUUUUAAUCGUGAUAAACAUGUACAUCGCCGUGAUCUUGGAGAACUAUUCUCAAGCGACCGAGGAUGUGCAGGAAGGUUUGACGGAUGACGAUUAUGAUAUGUAUUACGAGAUCUGGCAACAGUUUGAUCCAGACGGGACACAGUACAUCAGAUACGAUCAGUUAUCCGAUUUCUUGGACGUGCUCGAACCGCCAUUGCAGAUACACAAGCCGAACAAGUAUAAGAUCGUAUCGAUGGACAUUCCUAUAUGCAAAGGAGAUAUGAUGUUCUGCGUGGACAUCUUGGAUGCUCUCACCAAAGACUUCUUCGCGCGUAAGGGUAAUCCGAUUGAGGAGACAGCAGAGCUCGAGGUUCAAACGCGUCCAGGUGAGACAGGUUAUGAACCGGUCUCUUCCACUUUGUGGCGUCAGCGCGAAGAAUAUUGCGCGCGUUUGAUCCAAAAUGCUUGGAGAAAACACAAACAGCAGCGUUUAGGCGGACCCAGCGAAGAAAGCGAUGACGCUGACACGGAUCCACGGGUCAGACAAACCGCAGUUUUAGUCGAGAGUGACGGUUUUGUAACGAAAAAUGGCCACAGAGUUGUCAUCCAUAGCCGAUCGCCGAGCGUAACCUCGAGAACCGCGGACGUCUGAUCGGCGUCCAUAAUGUCUCCAGCACCGCCACCGUCGUAGCAAGCGCCACCACGAACCACAAAUUGGCGGCGUCCGUGCGACGAUCGCUCCAUCUGCAGCAUCGCCGAUUAACAGCUAUAGAAUUACCGACAGACGCGUCGAUUUCACGCAGCGUCUGCAGUGCUGAUACUGCUCGCGAGGAGCAGCGGCCUCACGGACCUCGCGCGCGCUCUCCAUCGACAGCCUUAUAGUUGUAUAAAAAAUAAAAGAAAGAAAAAAACCAAAAAAAAAAAAAAAAAAAACAAAAAAAUACAUUCCUCCAACGAGUUGCCUUUAAUCUACUAUAAACGCUACGAUCGUUGGGAAAGACACGUCGCUAGCUGAUGAACACACGAGCGAGGACUAGAAUACAUGAGACAUGUGUUUGUUUGUCCUGAACGAGUUAAAAAACGGGACGCAAGUAAUAAGAUGAUAGAGAGAAGCAUAAAGUUGUCGAUAUCAUCAAUCGUCCGUGCUCGUUAUCGAAUUGGUUCGGCUCUCGUUCCGUGGUGGAAGAGGAAUUCAUGGAAUCGUAAUUGAAAAAUAAGAUUUGGCUAUGAAACGAAGAUAUGGAUAGACAUACGAAGAGGAAUCGAAGGACAAGAACUUUAACAGGAAAGAACGCAUAUAAAGAAUAUAAUGAUAGUCGGUGUAUAGAGAAAAGUGUAUUUGACUCUGUACAACGUAACCUUCGAGUCGACUUCCCCCCCUUUAAAAAUAAAUCAGGGCUCGAAGGUUAACGUUGCUACGCGCUCAGUAUUCCUGCCUUCGAUGGACUUCGUUUACGGUACUUCUUACCGUUCUUUCUUUUUUUUUUUUAGAAAUCGUACGAUGACGAUGACGAUCCGCGCCGGCUGCGUUAGCUGCACGCAUACUCGAGACGCAAUGAAAUGAAAAAUCUUUUCACGUGACCGACAAUGAAAUGAAGAUCUACGGUGGGAUAGUUGAUAUUGCCGCGUUUGCAAAAAGAAAAAGAAAAAAAGAGAGAGAGAAAAAUGAGCGAUCGUUUCUCAUCGUUUCUCUAAAAGAAAACUUAUCGGUAGAGCCGAUUCGUAAAAUUCUAUCCGCGUAUAUUGGAUUUUUUACACGGUUUUGACAGCGAUUCGCCAACUCGCUGACAAACACAAUACAAACGAAAAGAAGUUAAAAAAUAUAUAGAAAUGUAAUAAAAAAAUCAAUGUUGAUUCGCUGCGGUCGAGGUUCGUGGGUGACAUUUGUUCAUUUAUUUGUUAUUCUGGUCAUCGUACUGUGGUGUAUAAUAAAUACGAGAAAGUUUUUUGAACUUAAAACUGAAAAAAAGGAAAAAGAGAAAAAUGAUGGAGAAAACGAAGACAUUGAUGAAGAUGCUGAUCAUAACUGACGAUAAUAGUGAGGAUGAUCAUAGAAUGAUUAAGAUAACGAUUAUAAAUCAUGAUGAUGAUGGUGAAUAAGAAUGUUAAUAAUGUGAAAUGUACGCGUAGUUUACUACAAUUUGCUCGGCUUGAACAAAUUUUGCGCAGUACGAUGCGCAAAAAUCCGAAUGCGCGGCUUUGUUUUAUCUGACCCUUUACUUCUCUAUUCCUCUUAUCUAUUUCUAUAUUUAAAUAUCAAUGAUCUAUAUAAGCAUUUGAUUUAUAUAUUAUUAUUAACAAUCGGGUAAUUUUACAGCGAUAUAUUUAUUUAAAAAAUCGAAAAAUUACUUCUAUAAAGAAUUAAGAAGAAAUGCGAUUGUGAUAACUCAUUUGAUAAAGCAGAUUUUUACCUAAAUCUUGCAUAAGUUUUUGUUUUUACCUAAAUCUUGCAUAAAUUUUCGUUGUUAUUGGUAAAAAAUAGUUUCUUUUCAAUAUUUAUAAUUAAUAAUUAGUUUUCUUGCCAAAAGGAAUAGAGAAGAAAAAGGAAUGGCAAAUACAAAUUUCGCAAUCAUCAUCAGCUAGAUAUUUACACAUUUGCAAAAACUUACACAGACACAAUCUUACACGACGUAGUGAUGCGCUUUGGAAUAAAUGAAUAUACAUAAUAGUGUAACGUUAUUCGAAUAAUUGUAAUCGACAACCGUGCGCCCGUAAACCCGUCUCGCAGUAAACGCGUAGUCUAAUCAUUAAAAUGAGUAAAACGAAAUAUAAAAUACCGCAUAUUUAAAUAAUGUGGAAAAAUGAAAGAUUAACUCGGUUGAUAAUGUAGAAUUGGACACAACUAUUUUUAACUCAUUUUUGAAUUAUAUUUCUAUCAAAAUUUAACUCAAUUGUUAAAGUAAUAAAACUUGUAAGAAUAAUUAAUAUAAUGGAAUAAAAUUGAAAUUUAAAAAAGUAUUUUAGAUACUUUAAUAUGAUAAUUUUUGCUUAAAAUAAUUUUUUUAAUAUUUCAAUGUAAAUAAAUCAUUUACAUUUCAGAUAAAAUUUAAAAUUAAAAAUUCAUUAACAUUUUUAAUUCUUAUAAAAUCUGAGUGAAAAAGUUGUGUCAUUCUACUUAGUUUAAUAAUAGAUGCCAAAAUGAUACGUUAAGUUUUCAACAAAAAUUGUUAAGAUUUCAAAUGAUUAUUUUGCUGUUCGUUGUUUAAAAUAUUUAGUACACAGUUUCUGUUGAAUUAUCAAACGUGAUUUAUCUCUAUAUGAGAACAAACAAUGCAAAAACGCCCAAAAAAUACGUUGUAUCAUUUUCAUUCGUGAUUCGAGAAGAUGCACGUUUAAUAAUAAUAACAAUUACUAUAAACUGACAAAAUAACUACACAUUUUCUUUCAUUAUGAAUCACGAUACAAAUAUUUAAAAAAAUUUCGAUAUAUAUUCUAAACGAUUAAAAAAAAAAAAAAAAGAAAAAAAAUCGAUGCUUCAUAGAAGAAAGGAAUCGUUCGAGUUUCCAGCUCGAUUUCGAACGGGUUUACGUGCUUAAUAAUUUCGUGAAGGAUCGCGUGCCUGUUUUAUAAAUAAUACAAUCUUCUAUCCUUCAGAUGGUGUGGUAGGAUUGUAUUAUCGAUCGAGUAAAAUUAUUUCGAUAUAUAUCGAAUAAAAUUUUCAAUAAUCGUAAACAUGGCACUCGAUUUUAUCACAAGUCAAUAACCUCAAUCGCAUCGUUCUCGUGCAACAUAAGAAAUCAUAGGUAUAGUGAAGUGAAUCGAGGAACGCGUUGCAAGUGAUAUGCACACGAAGAUAAACGAGAAUUCGUUGGAACGCGUCUGUCUAUAAUGGCGGCAAUGCACAGUUCAUUUUGCCGUACAAAGUACAGAUUAAUGCAUAUUAUACAUAUAGGUACUUACACGAACGAAAGUUAUCUCGGGCUAGCACGCAACGAGCGUGCAGUGGUGAGGCAACAAUACAGAGGACAAACAUGAACUAAUGUGUGUGCGUGUGUGUGUUAACGCGGAUUGCGCAAUCGUUAUUUUUCUACGUUUACAUCCGCGUUCUGAAAUGGAAUAGAAAGAAACAUGAUGGGAAAAGGAACGAGGAACGCACCUUGUUGCUCGUGUGUUUUACCGGAAACAGGUGUCGUGUUAGCGACGGCGGAAACGCUAUAAUAAACGAAGCUAGAAUCGUUCUCGCUGGUCGAAAACGGACGUGGCAAAAAACUCGCAGCUCGCUCGAAGGAUUGUAUUUGGAAUAUAUAGCAGGAAUGACGAGAACAUAACAAAAACGAUGGUUAUGAAUGAGCCGGGAACGGUGUAAAUUUAUUACACAUAGGUUGAAAAUGAGAUUAGGCAAAAUACAGAUAUGCAAUUAGGUACAGAAUAAUGCGAGAAAUAACGAGAAAAUAUGGAAACAGAUAAACAAAUGUUCAUUAUUUUAAGCUACGAAGGCUCAAGAGGGUGAGGAUCAUUGUAAAUUACUCGUACAAAUAAUUCACACACUAUCGGUGUCGAGUCCGCUUUGUCAAAGUAUUUUAGAGAAGCCUGUCCGAUAUUAAUGUCCUCGUACCUUUUCUACGUAUAUUAUAAUUGCAUUUCACGAUUCUCGUCGCGGGCCAUUCGAUGAUCUUUUCGUGAGUACGCUUCAAAGUAUACGCAUGCGCGUGACUGCGUCCUCGCGACUCGUUCGUUCGGAAGAGAUCGUCGUUCUUCGUUUCUUCCGAGAUUUGACUUUCUUAUACUCUGAAUCUCUCUUUAAAAUGAUUCUGAAUUCCAAUAAUAUAUCCGCAUUAUCAUCAAUUACAAUCAGAUUCAUCGCGCCACCUAUUAUCUCAAUAAUUUUCUGCAACGAAAAAGCAGAUAUGGAUUAUGCCUAAAAAAAAAAGUAUUGUGUGAUGCCGUUGCUGUUUGCAUAUAUUAUAUUUGACGAGAAUCUUUGAAUUUUUUUCUAGCCGCACGUUAUUUAAAUAUUGUUUUGUAGAGAUCAAAAUAAUCACGAUAAUACUCGAAAUAUACGAUCAUGCAUCUGAUAUAACAUAAUAUAAUCUAAUAUACGAAGCACGACGAACGACGAUGACGACGAAACGAAACGAAUAGAGGCACGAGAUCGAUCGACGACGAUUCAUUUAACUCGUCGAUCCUUCUUCUAUCGAAGUACGACGUAUCUGAUGGUCCGUCCGGCUCACUGUCUAAUUACUCAGAUACCCCCUCUCGCCCCUUUUUAUGUUUCGAACCUCUCCCGUGCUGUAAUAUGUGCAAAUAAUUCGAUAAUAAUCAAAUGGUUUGUACGCAAAUAAUAUACAUAUAUAUUUUCGAUACUACUUUGUCGAAUGGGUAACCGCGAACUUCUAGAAGCAAUAAAACUCUCGAGACACAUGACAAACGCUAGAAGAUUAAAAAAAAAAAUAUAUAAACAGGGCGUAACGAACGAAACGAAAUACAAUCGUGCAGAAAGUGUUCCAAAACACAUUGGCCUCUUUUUAACGAUAAUUGAUUUUGCGAAUCAUAUAAAAAUCGUUCUUCCCUGAGAGGCAUCGAAUGAAUAUCGUUUCUUCUUCUUCUUUUUCUUCUACUUCUUUUUCUACUUCUUCUUUUUCUUAUUCUUUUUCUUCUUUAUCCACAGUGUUUUUAUUGUGAACGUGAUGACUGCUCGGAUUUUUCGUGAUCGAAUGUUCGAUUGAAUCGCAACUUCCCCAAUUUUCAGUCGCAUUUACCGAUUGUUGGUAAACUUGAUAACAUUCGAUCCGCUUAAUCUACGGUCGUAUUAGAAGGGAAAGCGUAAAAAAUGUUAGAAAUUCCAAUUUCCGCGUCUCGAAGGGUUGCUUGGAAAUUCGUUUGUGCGUAACGCUCGGGACAAAAAAGCUCGGGAACGGUAAAAAAUGUUCGAUCGGCCAAAAAAAUUUGCUACGGCUGCGAAAAGAAACAAGGGGGAGGGGGGUGGAAGAGUAUACGUGGUGUGCUUCAUUAAUUUUCGUUUUACCAAACAAAAAAAAACCGUACAUUAAAUAUCAGCUUUUGCGCGACGACGGCUGUAAGAUAUUAAAGAACAAAAAUAUAUAUAUAUAUAUAUGUGUAUAUAUAUAUAUAUAUAUAUACAUAUAGGGCUUUCCUUCGUUAAGCGAGGUAAGACGAGAUUUAAACGUACUUUCUCCGUGGACGAUACUGCCGUUACGCAUUGUAUAAAGAAGAAAUGAAACUAAGUUAACUAAUCGUAAAUGCACGAAAUUUUCUUAAACGGAUAGCGAACAAAAAUAAAAAAGGGCUUUGUAGUGUCUCGAAACUCUCGAAACUUAUUAACCUAAACAUCGUCAGAUAAUAAAACGAUGAAAUACACAAAAGCUAUAUAAAGAAGGUACGAAAUAAAAAUUCUAGAGGUGGGUUAAAUAAAAGAAGAUUUAAAAAAAAUACAGAGAAUAAUCGAGUAAAGUGUCAAGCUACGGAGCCUGUCGGCCAGUAUAAUGAACAAGCAACUGCCAUGGGUCAACAAGCUAGGUAGACGAAAUGUGCUAAGAAACCAAAAAAAAAAAUCCAAUUUUAACGAGCUAGCUGUCGAAAAAAAAACAUUACGCGCGAAGGAUCGUCCAUUCAAAUGCGUGCUCCGUGCUUGUGCGCGCAUGCGCGGACAUGUGCCGCGACGGCGCGCAUGCGUAAAUGCGUGUCGUAAAUACGCGCGAGCAAGCAGAGAGAGACAUCGAGACAGAAUGCGUGCGAAAGAACGUGUAUGUGUGAAAAAUAGAAAAAAAGAAAGAAAGCGAGAGAGAGAGAGAGAGAGAGAGAGAGAAUGAGGGAAAGAAUGAACGAGAGCGCGAGAGAGGGAGAGCGAGAAAGCGAGAAGAGAGCGAAAGAGAGAGAAAAUGAGGGAGAGAAAGAGAGAACAUAGAAGAGCUCCUCCGUUGAAUGACAUUCAUUAUUAUUAAACAAAAUAAAAAUAUGGAUUAUUUGCACAAUAUUAUAAAUAAUUACUAUGUUUACUACGAUUAUUAAAUUAAAGAGCAAGUAAUAAAAGGAAUAAAAAAACUGUUGUUAAAUAAUUAAUACGAAAAAAGGAAUAUACGAAUAAAAUAAAUAACGAAACGAUUUAGCUGAAGAUGGAUAUCGGAUUUAAGCAAAAAAAAGAAAUAAAUAAAUACAAACAUAAAAAUAAAAGAAAAAAGAGAAGAAAAAUAGGGAAAAGACGAAGUUAAGAAAGUGACGAGAAUAAAUAUGACGAUCAAGACGAAGGAAGGAUGGAGGAGGAAACGAUUCGUUUGUUAUCGAUUAGUUAACGAUCAUCCUUACAUUACAUUAUUGUAAUUAUAUAAAGUAAACGAUUAUUACCGUAAUAGUUACAAUUAACAAGUUGUUACCGCUUUGUUAUACAUAAUAUAAUUAAUAUACUAAGAUUAAAAGAAAAAAAAAAGAAAAAAAGAAAAGUAAGCGAAUGCAUCGUUGAUUCGUCCUUUACUUAUGUAGGUAACUAAAUAACGAUUUGACUCUAUUAUUGUUUUUAAUGUCUUCACCGUAUUCCUUCGUUUGCUACCCGAUUUCGUUUCGUUGUCGAAAAAAUGAAGAAAAAAAAAAAGAUUCGGUUUUGUCGGCUUACCUCGCCCGGCCACAAUAUACACACGUUUUACAGAGAUAUUUUCAAUAAACGAAAAAGCUUAACACUCA